UUACGUCAGCGGUGCAGUUACGUCAGUGGCGGAUGGCGGAGCAGCAUGAGAAGGACACUCAGUGGUCGCUCAUUAAAACACAUUGUGGGCUUUUUGGGUGAAAAUCCGUCGUCUCUUGUCCACCCGACUGCGUGCAAACGGACCCGCGUCUUUGCACAUUUCCUCGGCAGGAAGUCAACGUGUGACAGCGCAGGCAUGGACCUUAGCGACAUGCGGAAAAGAUACAAAGGAGACGAGGAGUGUUUCGAAGAGAGCCAGCUGGUGUCUCUCGACCCGAUCAAGCAGUUUGGGAGCUGGUUCGAAGAAGCCACCAAGUGUCCUGAGAUCGGGGAGGCCAACGCCAUGUGCAUCGCCACGGCGACCAAGGAUGGCCACCCGUCGGCCCGCAUGGUUCUGCUCAAAGGUUACAGCGGCGACGGCUUCCGCUUCUUCAGCAACUACGAGAGCCGUAAGGGCAAGGAGCUGGAGAGCAACCCUCACGCCUGCUUGGUCUUCUACUGGGAGCCUCUCAACCGACAGAUCCGCAUCGAGGGCGAGGUGGAGCGCAUCCCCUACCAGAGUUCCUGCGACUACUUCCACUCGCGGCCCAAGAGCAGCCAGGUCGGCGCCGUGGUGAGCCGACAGAGCACGCCGGUCCCCAACAGAGACUACCUGAGGGAGAAGAAUGCAGAACUGGAGGAGAAGUACAAGGACACACAAGUGCCGAUGCCUGACUACUGGGGGGGCUACAUGGUGAAGCCCCACCUGAUGGAGUUCUGGCAGGGUCAGACCAACAGACUCCACGACCGCAUCGUCUUCACCAGACUAGACGCCGAGGCCGAGCCGGGCGAAUACCAGCACCGUGGCGAGGGCGGCUGGGUUUACCAGAGAUUGUCCCCGUGAAGGACCGCCAUCGGCUGUGGUCAUGUGACACGCUUGAUCGGUAUCUAAAUGUUUCAAUUAGCCGUGCCAUAAUAAUAAUAAUUUUUGUAAUUGAAGUCUGAGUGCAGUUUGUGGCCAGAAGGUGUCAGUUGUGAUGCGGAUGAUGAUGAUGAUGAUGAGGGCUGCAAGUGUAUCAAGUGACAGUGUGUGCUUACCGUCGCCAUGGCAACAGAAGCAACGACAGACGCCUUGCUGAGUCAGCAAAAGCGUGGAACAAGGCCUAAAGAGAGAGGACGUCACAUUGUUUUUGAGUAAACAAAAUACAUAUUUUUCAUGUUUCAUAUGUACUACAUGGAAUUUUGGUGCUGCUGGAUUUGAUUUGGAAAAUAAAAAAAAGUCUGAAGACCA